UCUACCGGUCAGGUGUGAAACUAGGCCAGGUGUGUCAAAGUGGGGAUGACAUAAAUAUUAUUCGUCAGGUGACGGGUUGUAAAUAGUUUCAUGUAAUGUUAUAUCAUGGCGAGGAUGGAAUAUUGUCUCGACGUCAUCGUUAUUAGCCUCUGUCUAAUUUCAUCAGUGCAGUCGUCCUUCAUCUGCUAUAACUGCCUGUACCCCGACAAAAAUUGUGCAGAUAACUUCCAGCCCCUGGUGCCGACCUCCUACUGCACCGGUUCCUGUCUCAAGAUUCGGGGCGAACGCUGGUCUGAUUCUGUUCGGACGGUGGAGGUGUACCGACUGUGUGGGGAGCAGAGGAAGGAAGAAUGUAUCAGCGAUGUGAUGUACAACGGCAUCUCAACAACUCAAUGUGCCUGUAAUGCCAACUAUUGUAACCAUAGCAACAGCCUUGUAGUGUCAUGGUUGGCUGUCACUGUCACUGGUGUCAUGGCAAUAUUUGUGUCAUUAUGAAUCGAUCUUCGUUCGGGUGCAUGAUAUAUAAUUACAUCACCACAAAGUUAUUGUAAGCUUCUUUAGCUUCUUUUACAGGGAAAACUCAGGAAUUGUUAUUGGGGCAGUACAGCACUGCACCCUAUCCUUAUAUCCAAGAGUUACCUCCCUUACACUAACACCCAAUCAAAUGAAUCUUUAACACAUUCAGACCAAAUCCAAAGCCCCCCAUAGGUUUAAAUCAGGCCUAUCCAGCAAACAUUUUUGUUUGAAAUUUGAGGCAAAAUGAUUAUAUUUCCUGUAUUUAGGAAGAAAAUUAUUUUAACAAAAAAACUCCCUGCCCUGUAAAAAACCAUUUCCCUAACCCAUUAGCGGAUCCAAAGUGGGAUCAAGGGAGUAUGCAUCCCCCCUUUUUGAAAACCAAAAAAUGUUAUAGGCAGUAAAAUUAUCUGAGAGGAUUUUGAUAUCUUGGACCCUUCCCUUUUAGAAAGGCUGGAUCCACCUUGGAACCUGACCCCACCUUUGCCUUCCUGAACCUAGUAAUAAGUGCUCCUAUGUGUACGUGGAAUACUGUAAAUCUUGAAACGUGAGCCUGAAUUAAAUGCGAAAAAUUCUUGCAUUAUUAAACAUCGCAUUUAUAUCAACGAUAAGACAUUUUGGAUAGCAGAAAUACCAACUUAGACAUACACUGAAAACAAACAACUGUGUAUUCCACACCACUGUUUAUUGAGCAGCACUUGUAACAAGUAUAUAAACAAUGUCAUUCAAACACUAAUUACAUCCUGGGAAUUGUCACUGCUGGGGUCAAGACAAGAGUUCUACUCACUAAUGUCAUCACUGAUCACACCUGCAAGUCAAGACAGACGCCAACCACGCAACACAGUGUCUUUGUUCUUAGCGACUGCGUCAAAGGCCGACACGAGCCAGCGCGCAUGUACUGUUUUAGCGGAAGUACUCUACUUGGCGCUAAUGAGCGCUGCCUUUUUGUGUGUGAUUGGAUUAAUGUAAAGUUGAAUUAAGAUGAGGAUUCUCCUGUAAACCUGACAGAGGACAUUUUCUUUAGAUAACAUCCACUGAUGCUUGAGAGGAGGGGGGUGUCGCAUUCAUAUUGAGUCGCAUUUUUGGCUUGGGACCAGCAGUCGCAGUCUUUUGGAGACACAUUUAUUUCACGAUUUACAGAGUCUCAGUCUUCUGUAUACUAUACAUGUCUGUAAAUAGUUUCUUGUUGCAUAAGGGGCGGUUGGGUAGCCUAGUGGUUAAAGCGUUCGCUCGUCACGCCAAAUACCCGGGUUCGAUUCCCGACAUGGGUACAAUGUGUGAAGCCCAUUUGUGAUGUCCCCCGCCGUGAUAUUGCUGGAAUAUUGCUAAAAGCGGCGUAAAACCAUACUCACUCUCUUGUUGCAUUAUAAUUUUAGCCUCUACCUUGGAUCAUGUUUCCUCGUCACUUUUUCAUUAUGAAAACCAACAUAUUUUCUUAAUGUAUCAUGUAAAUACAUUUUGCUAAACAUAUAUUUGUACAUUUUUGUAUUAGGAUUAAUUGAAAUUAAUUAAGGUUAUGUUCAUAAACCGAACAGGUCCGAUGUAAGACAUACUUGUAACAUUGUAUGUGGUUAUGACUUCUCUCCAACACCACAAGAUGUACAUAACACAAUCCAAUAUGUAUAUUGCAUUCCAGUGAUAAAACCUUGAACGCUCACGUUUGUUUACCUUUCUUAAAAUAAAUCUUAAUUAUACAAAAA